AUGAAGACUCUCAGCUACCUCGCCGUCUUCCUCGCCAGCACGGCCUUCGCCUCCGCCAUCACCGCCCCCUCCGAAGCCGUCCAAGCCGCCGAAGACGCCGAAGCGUCUAUCAACACAGGCACCUGUGACCAGCAGAGCCAGAUCUGCACGUACAAAAUCCAUGGCACAAACCACAAAUGCCAUUGCGGUCAACCCAGCGGCGACCAAUGCACGAGCGAUCGCAACAUCUGCCAUUGGAACAUAAACACCCACCCGGACAGGUGCAACUGCUCUUAG